AUGGCGUCUGGAUCUCCUUCUCUCCUGGAAGAGGAGCUCACCUGUCCUGUGUGCUCUGAAAUCUUCAGGGAUCCUGUUGUCCUGAGUUGCAGUCACAGCUUCUGUAAGGCCUGUCUGCAGCAGUACUGGGAUCAGAAGGGAUCUCUGGAGUGCCCAGUUUGCAGGAGAAGAUCUUCGAAGGAAAAUCCUCUCACAAACCUGUCUCUGAGGAAUAUCUGUGAGACGUUCUUAAAGGAGAGAAGUCAGAGAGCUGAAGCAGGAUCUGAAGUGUUCUGCAGUCUGCACAGUGAGAAACUCAAAGUCUUCUGUUUGGAUGAUCAAAUACCCAUCUGUGCUAUCUGUCAAAUUUCCAAAAAACAUGAAAACCACAAAAUGCGACCAGUUCAGGAGGCUGCAGAAGAGUAUAAGGAGAAACUCAGGACUGCACUGGCUCCACUGCAGGAGAAGCUAGAAGCCUUUAAUGCAGUGAAGCUAAUCUGUGAUCAAACAGCAGAGCACAUCAAGAGCCAGGCCCAGCACACAGAGAGACAGAUAAAGAUGGAGUUUGAGAAACUUCAGCAGUUCCUAAAAGAUGAAGAGGCAACCAGGAUCACUGCACUGAGGGAGGAAGAAGAGCAGAAGAGUUGCAUGAUGAAGGAGAAGAUUGAAAAGAUGACAGAAGAGAUAUCAUCCCUUUCAGAACAGAUCAGAGCCUUAGAACAGGAGCUGGGAGCUGAAGACGUCUCAUUCGAGAAGGUCUCAGGAGCGUUGAUUGAUGUGGCCAAGCACCUGGGCAAUCUGAACUACAGAGUGUGGGAGAAGAUGCUGGGGACUGUUCAAUACACUCCUGUGACUCUGGACCCAAACACAGCAGAUCCCAAACUCUCACUGUCUGAGGAUCUGACCAGUGUGAGACGCAGUGGUGAGAGACAGCAGGUUCCUGAUCAUCCUGAGAGAUUUGAUUGGGGGUGGUGGGUGCUGGGCUCUGAGGGAUUCAGCUCAGGGAGACACUGCUGGGAUGUAGAAGUGGGGUGUGUGGCCUGGCGGGUGGGUGUGGUUAAAGAGUCCAUCAGCAGGAAAGGGGGUGGGUAUGUGAGCCCAGCAGCAGGAGUGUGGAGUAUAGAGCUGUGCGAUGGGAAAUACAGAGCCCUGACCUCCCCACUCACACACCUCACUGUGCAGAGGAACCUCCAGAGGGUCAGAGUGCAGCUGGACUGGGACAGGGGGGAGGUGUCAUUCUCUGACCCCAGUGACAACACUCCUCUCUACACUUUUAAACACUCCUUCACUGAGAGACUGUUUCCAGUCUUUGGUACUCUGGGGACUGUGCGGAUCUGCCCACUGAAGGUGUCUGUAAGUGUAAAAUCAUAA